AAUAAUUUAGUUAGUCAUUCAUUAUAAGUGGAAGAAGAUGCUGUUUAAACUCUUGACUGUGUUUUUUGCACUAUGUGUAGCCAAAAGUGCACUUUUUGAGGACCUCGAUGAACCUGAAGGUGUAGAAGAAAGUGUGCUUCUAGAGCAAGUCGACGAACCUAAAAGUUUCUCUAUUAUUUCCACGAGCCAACGUCCCUCCGAGUUUCAAUAUUUGGAAAACCGUGUGGAACGACUCGAGUUUCAUUUAGAAAUCCGAGCGGCUUUAAGCGCCAUCAACGACAGUUUAAAAUACCUCGAAAGAACGAAACACGAAAUUAUCAACGAAGUCGACACUAAACUAAAAUCGUUUGACGAAAACCUGAGAGACUUUUUGCGAGAAAUAAAGCAAGAAAUUGUUAACGAGACGCAACAGAGUCUGGCAGACACCGAGCUAAAGAUGAAAACCCAACUCGAAACAACAAAAAUGGAAAUCGUCGCCAAGACCAAAAAGCUCGAAGGAAGUGACGAAAUCGAGACUAUAAAAAAACAGCUAAUUUCAUUGAACGACAAAAUCGCCACAUACAUGGAAAAACAAAAAGAUGAGUACGUCCCUGCAGACUGCACUGAAGUUCAAGAAAGAGUUAACGUUUCUGGGAUUUAUCGCAUUAGGCCGAAAAGUGAGACUUUUUCGGUGUGGUGCGACAUGACGACUCGAGGAGGGGGUUGGGUCUACGUUAUAAACAGGUUUGAUGGUUCCCAGAACUUUUUUUUAAACUGGACUGACUAUAAACAAGGUUUUGGUAACCUGUCUGGAGAGCACUGGUUGGGUCUGGAACAUUUGCAUCAACUGACGAGUAACAAACCGACUGAGUUGUUAUUUGAACUCGUCGACUGGGAUUCAAAGAAAGUUCACGCACUUUAUAGUAAUUUUAAGGUUGCUAGUGAGUCUGACUACUACAAAAUAACGUCAAUUGGAAACUAUACUGGCACGGUUGGAGAUUCGUUCAAUUAUCACCUCAAUCAAGGUUUUAGCACCGUUGACCAUGGAAAUCCACCUAAUAAGAACGACUGCCCAAAUUUUCGCAGCGGGGCUUGGUGGUACGACGACUGUUACCAUGUUCAUCUGACUGGUAGUUACAUAAAAAAUCCGACUGCUAGUUCGAAUUUUAAGUCGGCGAUUAAAUGGCAGUCGUUUCAUGACUUUAAUUAUAGUCUUAAGGAGGCCAGGAUGAUGAUUAGACAACGAAAAAAUUAAAUUUGUAAAUGAUGUUACUUAUCUGUGAACCUGAGAAUUCGGUGAUAUAAUAAAUCAAAGUUUUUGGUUUUUCUGUUUUUGCAAUAACAGAUUUUCUAACCUAGAGCUAGGUUAGAGGCCACUUAAAUCUUGUUAAAAAUUUUAGUACUAAAUUUACUAUUAAAAAAAGAUACUUUGAAGGCA